UCUUGCCUGCUUUUUCGUUCUGGGUUCGCACAAGUUCUCCUCCUUCGCGAUCUUCAUCUUCCUCGCCGUUCUUAUCGAAAUCACAAGCGGAACAGUAUUUCUCUGGAUUGGAUAGUUGUACGUGUCGCGUACAACAUAUUUUCUGGAAAUCGAAGGGAAAAUCAGAACCAUGCCGCCAUCCCGAAAAACAUUGCUACCGCGUCCAGCUGCGGGAGGAUCGCGUGGUCCUCCGCAGCAACAGGCGCGAGCAGGCAGACGCCGCCGUCAACAGGGAACUCACCGCAAGCGCCGACAGCGGACGGCUGCCACGGUUCCCUCGCCUCCGUCUCCAUCCACCGGACAGGAAGGCUCGCCGCUUCGUACGAUUAAACGGGAGCCGUCGGAGGAGCGGAAGGCCUCCGUCAGCGGGAUGACGGUUCAGGCUGACAAGGACGACCGACCCGUGCACAAGACCAACCGACGCGUUAAACGCCGCCGGUCGCCCCGCCCCAUCCAACCGGUCACCCACGACGAUGCGCCGGUGUCGUCCCGGCUGCGCCAGCCCAACACCCAGCAGCGCCGCGCCGCGGAACGUCGUGCCCGUUUUCUGCCUGACGAAGCGGUGGACCAUCGCGUUCUGGAGAGCGCCGGUCGCGGGGAAACAGCGAAAAACCCGGCUGCACCGGACUAUACGCAGCACGACGCCCGUGUCAAGCGCCUGCGCAGGGGGGCGAAAAAGGCCGCCGGUGAGCAGCCGCGCAAGAGACGCCGGACACGUCGCAUCACGAAGAAAAAAGGGCAGCGGCUGUGCGGGACCGUGCAGACGGUGGAGGACGCCGGCUUCGAGCAGGAGGCCAGCGUGGCCCGGCUGCCGAAGCAGCGCAACGACUCGCCCGCCGUCGGGGACCGCGCUGAGCGCCAUACUCCCCCGGCGGCGGUGGAGGUGGACACCGACGUCAGCGAGAUCAUCGUGGUGGACGAUAUGGACGAGGACGGACCCGGCGCGGCGCCAUCGACCCGGGACGCGGCGCCCAUACUCCCGGACAACGGCGGAACACUGCACAACGCCCUGGAUGUUGUGCUGCGCGCGGGGUGUUGCAGCAGCAGACCCCGGUCACCCCGGGGCGGUGGGCGCGGCGGGACCGACCGUUCCUCCGGUGAAUCUGCCGCCCAGCGUCACCACCGCCGCCCCGCCCGUCUUCGCCAGUGCCGCGCCGGGUUUCGGGGGGUUUCUGCCGCCGGUGUGGCAGCCGCCCAUGGGGAGCGGUUACGGCUGGCCGGGCGUGCCGCUGCCGCCGUGGUGGUGGCCGUGGGGCGGCGCGCCCGGCUUCUUCCCGGGAUUCGGGAUGCCGGCGCCCGGGCCGGGGUUUCUCUACGGGAUGAACGCGGGCGGCGUGCCUGGGCAGCCAAUGGCGAUUCCCGGGGCGGCAGCGGCCCAGUCGGGGAUCAAACCGGGGGCGCCGGUUAACGGUGGACAGUGACGCGCCGGAAAUGGCCUUGGAAUUGUUAUUGCACGUACUCGAUUUUUGUAUUGAGGCUUUUUUUGUUAAUUGUUGUUCUGUUUGUUGACGAUCGGCAAUAUUAAAUUGUGUGUUCUGCGACACUGACAUUUAUUGAGCGGAUAGUGGAUGAAUUUGUGCAGCAGCGCUCCAGUGCCAGGUGAUUAAUUAAGCGGUUGGACAGUACGGGAAAAUUACAGGAAUAUCUCUCGAAUUAAAUGUAUGGACCAAAAUUAACUUGAUGAUA